AUGUUUCAGAGAACUCCCGCAGGAAAGUGGAAGCACGACAAGUUCCAGGAUGAUACUGGGGCUUUCCGUGCGAGAGGAGCGAUUGGUAAAGUGAGCCCUGGUGCAAGCAACCCUAAUAAGAAAGUGCGCGUGAAUCUGUCCAAUCUCGGACCAAAUGUCGUCUCAGCAGAUCUAGAGGAACUCUUCGCACCAUACAACAUCGAAAGUGCUGCGAUUCACUUCAAUGAACAGGGAGUAUCUCUCGGUACUGGUGACGUGUAUUUGAGGAAGAAAGACGCCCUUCAGAUGUUUGAAGACUUUCGAGGAGUCUCUUUGGAUGGUAGGCCUGUUUUUUUUUCUAUUAUACUUGUUUCUUAUCUUCGCCGCUAGCG